AUGAGAGAUAUUUUUUCUUCUCAAAGCUUGGAUGAAGCAGUCAAAAAUAACAAGAUUAAUGUGAGAGUUCUCUAUAAUAGGUUGCUGAAUACUAGUAAAGUUUAUUUUGCUAAUGUGGUUUGGUGUUCCCUAGCAGUGCCUAAACAUAGAUUUAUCUUUUGGCAAGCUACUCUUGGUCACCUACUCACCCGAGACAAGUUACAGCUGUGCCAUUUGCAAUUAACUUCUGCACUGUGUCCGGUCUGUGAAGAAGUUCAGGAGUCUCAUUCACAUCUGUUUUUUGCUUGUUCUUUCUCUCAUCAACUGAGAUCCAGAAUGGAGAGCUGGCUGGGAAGGGAUUCUUGGCCGAGAAGGUAUGAAGAUUGGCAUUCAUGGAUGAUGGGCAAGCCUAAGGGUCUGUUGCAAAGAGUUGCUGCUGCAUCAUUGGCAGCUGCUGUCUAUUUGAUUUGGAGAAACAGGAAUAAAUGUUUGUUUGAUUUGAGCUCUUGGUCUAUUGAUUAUGUUAUGCAGCAGAUUAGAUAUUCUGUGAAGGUUAGGCUUACUAGGCUUCCUAAGCUAAAGAUCAAUCAUAGGGAUUUAGCUGUUUUUGAUUUCCUGAUGCAAUUGUAA